CUUGCGCAUCAUCGCCCUCUUGUGGUCUUUCUUGUUCUCUACACGAGUCUACUUCCUGUAAAGCCGUAGGGUGGGAUAGGCGGAAGCAGCGUCUUGCAUCGCUGUCGAUUUUCUUUCGCCGAGCAGAACGAUUGAUAUUUGUCAAGAUGCCGGCGUAUCAUUCAGGUUUGUUGGACGGUGACAUCAAACUGGUGGGGAACAUGGCUUUGCUUCCCUUAAAAACCCAGUUCAAAGGACCAGCUGCAAAAGAGACCAAAGAUACCGACAUAAUUGAUGAGGCCAUCUACUACUUCAAAGCCAACGUCUUCUUUAAGAACUACGAAAUUAAGAAUGAGGCCGACAGGACACUCAUCUAUGUCACACUGUACAUUUCUGAAUGCCUAAAGAAGCUACAGAAGUGUAGCUCCAAGGGCCAGGGGGAGAAGGAGAUGUACACCCUGGGCAUUACCGCCUUCCCCAUUCCCGGAGAGCCUGGCUUCCCUCUGAACGCCAUGUACGCCAAGCCAGCUAACAAACAGGAGGACGAGACGAUGAGAUCCUACCUCCAGCAGCUUCGCCAGGAGACUGGCUUGAGGUUAUGUGACCGUGUGUUUGAUUCCGCGACAGACAAGCCAAGCAAGUGGUGGGUGUGCUUUGUCAAGAGGCAGUUCAUGAACAAAAGUCUGUCUGCUCCUGGCCAGUAAAUGACCUCAACCUGUGUCUUAUUACUUGUGCAAAAAUUGAUUACUUUUUCUUUAUUUUGAAUACUUACGUUCGGACAUGAGGAUUUUGUACUUAAUGCAGUCCAGAAAUAUACCUUCACUCAUCUGGUUGUUAAUCAUAUUGAGCUGGUGCUUAAUGAAAUAAAGCAAUCAUAUAAAUCUGAAA